UUAUGGGCCAAUAUGUAGAGCCUGUGUCUGCAUACAUAGUACAGCCAUACACAGAUUGAUCAUUAUAUAUCAUGAAUCUACAACUAUGUGUAUGUCUCUUGCUUCUAAAGGACCCUUGCAAAGUCUAAGUCAUGAACAUGAUUGAUACUAUCAACAUAGCCACCACCUGCCCCAAACAGUACUACAGUCACGAAUCAUCAAGACCAGGACCACCCACUGUUGACCACCCCUUCCCACCCGUGGUCAUCCUACUCAGAAUAAUGAAAGAACGACAUUAUAAUUACUGAAAUGGUUACUAAAUUGUUUCACAUUUUUCCUACGGGAAUACUUAUUUCCAGCAUUGAAAUGUAUGAUAGACAAGCGAUCACUUCACCACCAUUUUUUUUGAUGUGUACAACUACUAAUCUAACUAGCAGUAAUUUGCUGUUCAUCACAGAGUAAUCUAUUAAUUUUCAGCUUCACUCAUCAAUGUCACAACGUGUUCGUGUAUUCUUUUUCUCGUGGACAAUCAGUGUCGUUUUUCUUGUGUUUGCGGGGAAUAUUUUCAUGUCUGAUUUUUUCUUGGUAAUAUAAUUGCGUUUCGAGCUGCACCGCCUUAUGAUUUUCGUUGGUUUUUGUUCUUGUUUUCGUUGUUUAGUUUCGUAUGUCCAUGGUGGUCACAGAGAUACAAUACAUCGUAUCGCCGCAUUCAUUGCAAUGAAUAUUAGUACGAGGACAUUUGAUUGCUGUCAUCAUAGUGCCACAACAGUGUGUAUGAACAAUAAAAAGAGUUGGAUGUACUUUGCUGUAACCUGGCCGAUGUUAGGUCGGAAUUGA